ACUCGAAGCAUACGGAUCAGUUACCGGCUUAGGCGAAAGCGGCACACACAACUUCUCACGUACUUCAGCAAAUUUUCUUCUCCACUACACCUCAUUCCAUUCCGUUGUUCAGUAUUCGGUUCAGCACGGGUUGGUUCAAUUAAUUCAGUUUCAGUCUUCUGUGGGUUCUGGUGGAUUUUCUCACUCUUUUCUUGUUAUACCGACAAAAUUGGUAAAGUGUUAGCAACACAAACUACAGUUAAAAGGCAACGCAUCAAAUCGUCAAAGAAUAAUCAUCAAAAUGGCCGAAAAUUGUGCAAAGUGCAAAAAAUCAAUUACCAAAGAAGGUAUUGUAAUUUGUAAUUCUGAUGAUUGCAUGAAAAAGUUUCAUCGGACCUGCGUGAAUAUUGAUGACGCUGUCUACGAUGCGAUUCAGAAGAAUCCAUUGAUUUCAUUCAAUUGCGAGGAAUGUAAAAAUCAAUCACCCAAGGCGCUGGCCGCCAAGCUGCAGACAAUGGAGGAAAAAUUAAAUAAAGUCUACAAUGGCGUGAAUCAGAUCUCGACACGUAUGUAUCAGCAAUAUUUUCAAUUCGGCAACGCGAACAAUGUAGACCCGAAGAAACAACCCAAUAACCUUAUCGUGGUUGGUAACAACUGUAAUUCGGAUCGUCUGCAAGUUGUCUGCGAUUACGGGCGUUGGGUGCAGGUGGGCAAAUUCGCAACCUCCACCAGUGAGGAUGACAUUAUCGAGCAUUUGGCUGAGGAGUUGAAGAUCAAUAAGAAUCUAGUCAAAUGCACAAAACUUGUCAAGAACGAUGCGAAUUUAUCGCAAUUAUCAUAUUGUAAAUUCAAGAUAUCAAUUCCCGACUAUCGUUUCAAUGAGUUGUUCAACGAAAAUAUCUGGCCCAGCGGUGUUAUGGUCAGUCCCUUCACACCACGUUCGCAGUUGAAUCAGAAUCGUAUAUAAGGCAAAGCCAUUGAUGGGCGGGUGGAUGAGGGUGCUAAUCGCAGACGGAUAAAUAAGAAGAAGAAGCGGAAAAGAACAAAGGAGGACGGCGACGGGAAUGA